AUGGAAGUCAUCAAUCAGCAUUUGAACAAACACAGCGAGGGCCGACUGGUGUGCACGUAUGACGACUACAAGGGAAGAAUUACAAAGACAGCCAGACCGUGUAAGGCAGGUGACGUAUUGCUUACGGAAGAAACACUUGCGUCCGUGGCUGAGCCGGCCAAAAACAAACUGUAUGACACGUUGCAAGACUGGAGCGUGAAGGACACGUGGGACCUGCACACGCUCUGGACAUGGUGUGUCUUAUGUACAAUGAUGACUGACGAGGAGUACCAGAUGCUGCGUCGCUGUUGUGACGAGGGAGUCCGAAGUACCGCCGGAGUAGAUGCUGGAGUUGUAGAGAAGAACAAGAAAGUGGUGGAGGCUUUCCUCAAGUUACCAAUACCGCGGUUUUCCGAAAAGCAAAGAGAGAGAUUGCUACUCUUGUAUACCCCGUCGGACGAUAGUGAUGCUGCGGACACCAUCAAUGAUGUCGUCUCCUGCAACAGGCGGUUCAAAGAAUUAAUCGGUUUGGACUUGGCGUUACCGGAUCCGUAUAAGUGUAAAGGCGUGUCGGAUAAAGGUGUAGAUGAUAACGGUUGGUUCCGUAAGGUCAAGGAAAACUGUCCCCGGAAUGACGGUGGUCUGUUUCUGUUGCGUUGUCUGCUGUCGGAGAGGUUGUGGAGUAAAUAUGCCCAGGUGUGGAUCCUCAAUUGCUUUGAAGGGGCAACUGAGCCAUUGACGUAUCUGACGUUCUUUGCACCGGCCUUCUCGUCUCACUCCUGUAUCCCCAACGCUCUCUGGCACAUUGACGAACAGCAACGGUAUGUGCUUGUGGCUCGGCGGAACAUCGGCACCGACGAGGAAAUUACAUUUACCUAUACAUCGGACAGCCAUUUGUUGGAGCCUACGUUACUGCGAAGGCAGGAUCUGCAGGCGACCAAGUACUUUGAAUGUCAAUGCGAACGAUGUAUGACCCCAUGUGACCUGAGUCGAGGAUUUAUGUGCACUAAAUGCCCGAGAAUAUCCCACCAGUCAGUCGCAGCCGAUCCAGUCGCAGCCGAUCCAGUCGCAGCCGAUCCAGUGGCCGCGGACGAGGUUAUUGACGAGGCCUCGCCGAGAACCUCGCCCGUGGGGGGUCGUGAAGCUGUGGCCGGUCGAAGUGGGCAGUGGUUCCUGAGUAACACCACCCCCUUCCAUCCGUCUAGCGACAUGUUCCAACCACCGGCCAACAUUAAGCCGGUAUCUUUAGAACGGGAACGAGUUAUUGUCGACGACUACUUGAAAAAGAUCAAGUCAGAUGCGCUAUAUCAACUGUCCUUUGAAACCACCAGCGACCGCGAAACAUAUACUUCGCCUCGCAUCACAGGUCAACUGGGAAACAUCAUUGCCUCCAAGUACAAACCGGAAAGAUGUAUUGAAUGCGGCGCCGCACCCGACCCCGACGAGCUCCAACGUGCCAAACAACUCGAAGCCUACUGCAUGUCCCAGUUCGCCAAAGAAGACGGCGAACAGAGCCAACUUAACGAAGACUUCGACAUCGCAAUCAUGCUCGACCACGUACUCCCCAACGUCGGCCAGUCGUAUGCUGCCCUGCUCAUGCUCGAAAGACGACAGGGGGAACUCGCCGACGACCCGGAACUAGCUAGCAAAUAUGCCCUCAUUCGCCAUAUACUCGCCACUCAAAGAUCUGACUUUUGGGAGCUGAGAAUCAGGUGUGCUGGCCAGGGUCUAGCUGAUGCUGAAGCGUGGAAUAUCAUGAGCAAAAGCCUUAGGUUGGUACGGAUUAUUUUCCGAACGAGCGGGUACUUCUGGGACCUAGCAAAUGUAGUCACUGUCGAAGUGCAAAAACGCGAGAAUGAGGUCGACGAAAGAGUACGGGCGUACAUUUCGGAGAUCGAAAAGUAUAUACCAGAACUGGCCAAGUAG